AUGUAUCCCGAAACCUUUCAGGGCUUUGCUAUCCCGGCGGCGGACAGGUGGAAUCACCCGGAACGACUCGAGUUCAAGCCCAAACCCUUUGGUGACUAUGAUGUUGAUGUGAAGAUCACCUGCUGUGGCGUUUGCGGAUCUGACUUGCACACUGCCACUGGCGGUUGGGGAAAUAAGAACUGGCCCGUUAUUCCUGGUCAUGUACUAGAAAUCAUCGGCACCGCCGUCAAGGUUGGACCCAAGGUGACCUCGAUCAAAGUCGGUGACCGAGUCGGCGUAGACACGUACAACUCGUUUUACCCCGAUGGUACAUUUGCUCACGGUGGAUAUUCCUCGCACAUCCGUGCACAUGAGCACUUUACUUUCCCUAUCCCCGAUGCUCUGGAGUCCGAGCUGGCGGCCCCAAUGCUGUGCGCUGGCCUCACAGCUUACUCGCCGCUCGUCCGAAACGGAACUGGCCCGGGCAAGAAGGUCGGCAUCGUUGGACUUGGCGGCAUCGGCCACUACGGUGUGAUGUUCUCCAAGGCCUUGGGUGCCGAGACUUGGGCGAUCUCCCGCAGCAGAAAGAAGGAGGCUGAUGCGCUGGCCAUGGGAGCGGAUGGGUUCCUUGCAACUCAGGAAAAGGACUGGAACGUCGCACACGAGAUGACCUUUGACCUGCUCGUCUGCACCGCGAGUGCAGACGAUGGUUUCGACCUCAGCGGCUACCUGUCAUUACUCAAGGUCCACGGUAGAUUCAUCAGUGUUGGCCUGCCUGAAGGCGAGGGAUGGAGGGUCCGUCCGCAGUCACUUCUAUCGAACGGAUGCCUCAUCGGUAGCGCGCAUCUCGGCAGCAGACGCGAGACGUUGGAUAUGCUGCAGCUCGCGGCCGACAAGGGCAUCAAGAGUUGGAUUGAGACUAUUCCCAUUGGCGAAAAGGGCGUUGGUGAAGCUUUGGAACGAUUGCACAACAAUGAUGUCAAAUACCGCUUCACUCUUACCAACUACGACAAGCAUGGUAGCAAGUCCGUCGACCAGAGCAGUGUAGGCGAGCCAACAUGGGACUGCAUUGCCAUGUGUGUCAACGCAGCACGACCUAAUCUACUGGCCUUGAUAUGCGACCUUAGACACUAA